GCUAAGGUAGAGGACGCUUUUCCCUGGACCUUGCUUGGCUGCCGGCUCUAAACCCGCUGCCGAGCAAGGGAGAGAAAGGGCCAGAGCCAAGGAACCUCCGAAGGCUGCAUCUGGCUUGCUGGGUUGCUUUCAUGGGACGUGACUGGGGGUUCUCUCCUACACCUGCCGCCUCACAAUCCUAGGCGCCUGGAGUCGGGUCCCGGAGUAAGGAGCUCCUCCCUGCCCCCAGCUCUGUGGCUUCCCCAGAGAGGAGUAUGAGGGACGGAGAUCAGCGGGUCCCGGCCACGGGGCGGCAGGGAGCUAGCUGGAUAGUCCUGAGCCGAAGGGAGGAGGAAGAGGAGAGUGGUGAGUUGAUCAGGCGUCGGGGGUCUGAGACGGGUAUCCUGGCCCCGCAGCGCUCAAAGCAAAUCACAGCCCCUGUGCCAGAGCAGAAGGGGCAGUCAACUCCGCUGUGUGCCUAGAGGCUCAGGGGAGACGGCGGGAGCCGCCCUUCCGGCAGCAGCCGACUGGCCCUUCGGGGUGGUGUUUAGGGGCUCUGCGGAAGGCUGGAAAGACGGGGUGAGGCUCGGCUCUCCCCAGCCCUAUUGUCACCAUCCUUGCUCUCCUUCUUCCUCGGGCGGGAUCCUUUCCGUGCGACCCGCUGGGGGGAUGCAUCGCCUCCAGCCGAGCAUGCUACCCCCGAGGGGCUGAGGUCCGGACCAUGUCAGCCCGGAGUCCCCGGCCCCAGUCCCGCCGCUGCCGCCGCCUCCUGCUCUGCUGCUGCUGCUGCGGCCGCCGCUCUCACCUCAACGAGGACACUGGCCGCUUCGUUCUGCUGGCCGCGCUCAUCGGCCUCUACCUGGUGGCUGGUGCCACUGUCUUCUCUGCGCUGGAGAGUCCCUCUGAGGCGGCGGCGCGGGAGCGCUGGGGCGCGACGCUGCGCAACUUCAGCGCGGCGCACGGCGUGGGCGAGGAGGAGCUGCUCGCUUUCCUUCGAGACUAUGAAGCUGCUUUGGCUGCAGGUAUCCGAGCUGACGCUCUCCGUCCGCGCUGGGACUUCACCGGAGCUUUCUACUUCGUGGGCACCGUGGUGUCAACUAUAGGUUUUGGUAUGACUACCCCCUCGACCGUGGCUGGGAAAGCCUUCCUCAUUGCAUAUGGCCUGUUUGGGUGUGCAGGGACCAUCCUCUUCUUUAACCUCUUCUUGGAGCGUAUCAUCUCUCUGCUGGCAUUCAUCAUGAGGGCCUGCCAUGAACGGCAGCUACGCCGGAGCGGUCUGCUGCCCCCCAACUUCCGCCGUGGCUCAGCGCUGUCAGAGGCAGACAGCCUGGUGGGCUGGAAGCCCUCUGUCUACCACGUAAUGCUGAUCCUGGGCAUCUUUGCCAUCCUCCUCUCCUGCUGUGCCUCUGCCAUGUACACCAGCGUGGAAGGCUGGAACUACAUGGACUCUCUCUACUACUGUUUUGUGACUUUCAGCACCAUUGGCUUUGGGGACCUGGUCAGCAGCCAGCAGGAGGCCUACAGGAAUCAAGGGCUGUACAGGCUGGGCAAUUUCCUCUUCAUUCUCAUGGGCGUGUGCUGCAUCUAUUCCCUCUUCAAUGUCAUCUCCAUCAUCAUCAAGCAGGUUCUGAACUGGAUGCUGAAGAAACUCAGCUGCCAAUGUUGCAACCGAUGCCGGAGGCCCAGUUCCCGCCUGGGAAGACGCAAUGCCAUUACCCCUGGCUCCCGCUUCCGCCACCACCUCACUGCGAUGGAGGCUGAUGGGCACUAUGACAGCGAUGCGGAGGGCCGGAGGUUAUCAGGAGAGAUGAUCUCCAUGAGGGACCUGAUUGCUUCCAACAAGGUCUCCCUGGCCCUCCUGCAGAAGCAGCUGUCAGAGACAGCCAAUGGCUAUCCCCGAAAUGUGUGUGUCAACACACGGCAGAAUGGCUUCUCGGGGGGUGUGGGGGCUCUUGGGAUCAUGAACAAUCGACUGGCAGAAACAAGUGAUUCCAGGUAG